AACUCGAUGUCAACGUUGGUAGCUCAACUGGCCAGUAAGGAACCCCACUACAUCCGCUGUAUCAAGCCAAACGAGGAGAAGAGCAGCACUAUUUUUGAUGUGGAAAGGGUGGAACAUCAGGUCCGUUAUCUUGGUCUACUCGAAAAUGUGCGCGUUCGACGGGCUGGUUUUGUCUAUCGAUGUGGUUACGAUCGUUUCAUCAACAGAUACAAGAUGCUCUGUCCCGAUACGUGGCCGAAUCCUCGUGGUGGUUCUCCACGGGAUAACUGUGCACGAAUUCUGAAACAUGUUGGCAUGCACGAUGACUGCGUUUUCGGAAAAACUAAGGUAACUUCAGAUGUAUAG